GUUGUCACCGGGAGAUGCUGCCCAGAGGGAUCUGAGCUCACAGGGGAAGGCCAUGCUGCAGUUGGUGGAUGUCGGUGAGCCAGCCGCAGUCGGGAAGAGGUGUGCCUUGUUUACGCUGCAGAGGGACGUGCACAGGCUUUGAGCCACAUUCCUGGAGGAAAAUCUGCAAGUCAUGCAAAUGCAGCCAGGAGGAUCACAGCCUGAGCUCGGACCUGGAGGACGAUCGGAAAAUUGGGCGCCUGCUGUCAGACUCCAAAUACGCCACGCUGACCACCCGGGUGAAAGGAGGUGAUGGCAUUCGCAUUUACAAAAGGAACCGCAUGAUCAUCACCAACCCCAUCGUCUCUCGGAAAGACCCCACCUUCGACACCAUCACGUACGAGUGGGCUCCCCCAGGGCUCACCCAGAAGCUGGCCAUGCAGUACAUGGAGCUGAUCCCAAAGGAGAUGCAGCCGGUGGCAGGAACAGACGGGGCGUACUAUCGCCGGCGGCAGCUGAUGAGACAACUCCCGCUGUAUGACCAGGACCCGUCCCAGUGCCGCGGCCUGGCCGAGGGCGAGCUGAAGCUGAUGGAAGACUUUGUGAAGAAGUAUAAAGCGGAGGCGCUGGGUGUUGGGGAGGUGGCCCUGCCAGGCCAGGGCGGCGUCGGGAAGGAGGAGGGGAAGCCGCAGGACAAGAGCAUCGCUGCCAGCAAACCCCCCGAGUCCACCAACGGGGCCCUGGAGCGUGCGCCCACGGCAGAGCACUACCGCUGCGAGACCUGCAAGCAAGCGGUGCCGGGGGACUGCCCGGUGGUGUACGCCGACAGGGCCGGCUACUCGCGGCAGUGGCACCCAGCCUGUUUCGUCUGCUGCCGCUGCUCCGAGCCCCUCGUCGACCUCAUCUACUUCUGGAAGAGCGGGGCGGCCUGGUGCGGGCGCCACUACUGCGAGAGCCUCCGCCCGCGCUGCGCCGGCUGCGACGAGAUCAUCUUCUCGGAGGACUACCAGCAGGCAGAAGGGCUGGCCUGGCACAAGAAGCACUUUGCCUGCCUGGAGUGCGAGACGCUGCUGACGGGCAAACCCUUCGCCCUGGACAACGCCGGCCUCCUCUGCACGACCUGCAGCAAAAGCAAACGCCUCUGAGCAGGAGCAGCCCCCCGGGGCACAGCGGGCUCCCCGAGGGCCCCCCAGGUCUGGGGUCACCUGACAAGUACAUCAGAAGGGCAAGGUUUAAAAAAAAAAAAAAUAAAUUGGUGACUAUUCACUUGCAAGCAACUCAGUGCCCCCUCGCAUCCAAGGCAGCUUGCACAGGAGAGUGUUUCCUUGGGGAGGAGGCAAGGGGAGCUCGUACGCCUGCGGGAGGGAGGGACGCGGCGCAUCGGACUAGGAGGGACUGAAAGGAGGUUCUGUCUUGAGCUGGGUUUUAUAACGUCUCUCCAGGCUUCUUAUGACUAAGAUCUUGCAAUAGUCUUUUGGAAAUAACGCAUCUCAAAAGUAACUUUUGGCAUACUAAACCUACGGUCACAAACGAGGGUUGUUAUUUUUUGAAAUCCAUACUGGAAGUUUACACUAACAGGCUGCUGACAACUGUACUAAAGCAAUGGGUUUGAAGAAUUUGAUUAACCCGGGUGAUGGCUUUCUGAAAGCAAAUGAUAUCAAAUAGCACAACAUGUAGCUGUCGCUUUCUCCUAAGUGUAAGUAAUGUAAAACUAACACGUUGGCGCAUGGGGCGACUGGUUUAACGCUAGGGCGGUGGGAAGGGUGCAGCUCUGCCCCGGGGCAGUCGCCUGCUUCCACCCCCUGUGAGCUUUAGCCCUGGAACUGGGAUGCAGGAGCGUUCCUGGCAGGUCCCUCCACCGCUCCCCGGCCUCCCACUGCCCGUUCUUCCCGGUGAGCGUUUUUCCACAGAGCGGCAUUGUGUUCCCGCCGCCGCGCUGGAGGUUGUUAAGCAUGUAAAGUAUGGGCCUUUAUUUCAGCUGUGUUUGACCAGGAAUUUUAUGGAAAACAGCUUUCCAGCCUAAGCUGUCUGGGAGCAGGGGGGUUGCCUGAAAUGCUGCAAUGCCAGUUUUUCCUUGUACUACGUCACUGACUCCCUCCAAGAAUCAGGGAACUGUACUUUCCCGUUGGAGCUGGCAGACCCUUGCCCUGGGCCCUGUCUUGCUCCUCGUCCCGCAGCUCUCCCAUCCCCUCUGGGAUCUGAUAGGGGUGACACCAUCCCCGGAUCUGUCACUGAUUCUCUCUGGAUAGUAUUUGUUCCCUACAUCAAGCAAUGCUUCUGAUAUUCACUGAAAAUAUUGGAUAGUCCAGGCUGGCAUAUGUCUGUGUGCUCAGUCUUUUUUCUUAUAUUAAAUGUCUACAUUAAUUGCCAGAGAACUGGAAUAUUUUUUGCAGAGGUGCGUGUGCAAGGAGCUCACAAUUGCUGGGCUUUCUUUCUGCUACAGAAAAUGCUGGUUUCUCUUUCAAGCGUGCUCCAUGCUGUGGAUGUUUGUUUGCUUGUGAUAAAGGAACUGGCAAAUGAGAGUUGGGGAAACCAUACCUGCUGUGGGGGUAGAGCCUGCAAGCUGUGGGGCGGAUGCUGCCCCACACAUUGGGAUGCCCCAUGCCGCUGCCAGGAGGAGCAGGUCAGUCCAUCAACCUGUUGGUGAGACCCAUGUGGGGUUCCAGACGUGUCGGUUUGUGGGGUGCGAGUCCUACUGGGGCUUCAUCCAGCCGUGUGCUCUUGUGUGGUUGUUAUUCCUGGGAACACUGGGGUAUUUAAAGGGAGUAAAUGAAAUGCUGGAGCAGGGAAAUCCCGAGGUGAUGGCGGAGUGUCGCGGGGUAUCGUGGCACAUGUGCUCCUGGCAUCACUUGUCCACCUCGGGUCGGUCAAUAGCUGUGUUGGGUGCCUGGGCGGUCGCUUCUGUGAACCCAGUGAGAUGGUGCAGGUCAGGAGAGGAUGUGCAGAGCUGACGUUGUGCGAGGAAUAACAGAGCUCCCUUGGAUCAGCCCUGGAUACAAACACUCUUGGGGAAUGGAAAAUAAAGCCCAGUGAUUAGCUUUACUGCCUCUUCUUCAUUCUGUUACAAGGGAAAUACCUUCACAUCUUUGUAAACUUUUUUUUUUUAAAGAACACAUUGUUGUUCUAAACCCUGCAAUGUUACGGCAGCCAAAAAUGCACGCACUCAGUGUAAGCAGUGAUAGGAAUCGUGUGAAUCGCCUACGAAACUGUAUUUUAGCACAGGCAUUGAGAACCACAUGGCAUUCCCUGAUGGAAAGUCAGUGUCCGUUUCAUCCCCUUGGAUGAUCUGCCUGAGAGGGAGGUGCGCAGCCAGCGCACAGGUGGCUGGAGGAAAAUUAAAUGCGAAAAAUAAAUCAACAAAGCAUCACAGAAAGCCCAACAGCGUGCUGCAGUCUGCUCCCGGGGUGUUUGGGGUUUGUGUCGGUUGUUUUGCCUUGGCUGGCAGCGUUGUCCUUGCAGGGUUUGGGAUACGCUGAGCCAGCGCCCUGACCACAGUGGGGUGUUGCUUGAACGUGGGGAUGGGGAUGGUGGCCAUCCCCCCUCCCGAGCUGAACGUGAUGAGCAGGGGCUAGGGGGAUGCUGUACCCACCAGCCUGGGCCCGCUGCCCAGCUUGCAGGGUGGGGGGCUUGGGGACCCCAUGGGCUGGGUGCUGCGCUCUCAGCACUGACACUACUGAGCCCCACAAAGUGUGCAGUGACAAUUUUUCCUUUUUUUGAUAUUUGAUGGCAAGGAUGCUAGCUUAAGAGGUGCGUGGUGUGCAUCAAGUCCAGAAGAGACUACAGUGGGUGGCUUGGGCAUGUCCCCAGGGUGGGGGAAGCUUGUGUGGACCUCGACCAUCUGUGGCUAAACCCGUAUGGAUGGGGACCCUCGUGCCCUGCCUCUGGGCAGAGGGGGAAGGAUGCUCCCAGCUCCCUGUGGCUGGCGCUUUGCUGUGGCUGUGGGGCACCGCCUGCGCGUCAGCCCUUUGGAGGUGGGAUUUCCAAUGCACAUCUCUUCUCAUGUGGUUCCCUCUCCCCUUCUGGGGGGUUGUGUGGGUAAAGGGGAUCCCCCUUCCACCACUAUCAAGGUUAAAACCAGCAGAGCCUCAAAGGCAGGCAGUGAAGAAGAGGUGAGUCUUGUUUUCCCUGCUGCAGAAGAAAGUGUGUGGUGGGAGCUUGGGUAAAUGUCAGAGCAGGGGCACGGGGAGCGCUGGCACCCCAGCACGGCAGCGGGGGGAGGCAUAAUGCCGAGACCAGAGCCUGCCUCCAGGUCUAGCACUGCAUUACUGUCCCCUGUGGUGUUGGGUGGCCAUCCCCUCGUCCCCAGCCGUCACCCUGGGGCUGGGGCGUCCCCACCACCCUCGCUGCGGUGGGGUGGUCUCAAGUCCACCUCAUGUCCAAGGGCUGUCCUCAGUGAUAGCGUCUGUGUCGGGUUUAUCCUGCCGGACUGUGCAGUCCACGCAUAGCAGCGUCAACUCCCUACGGAGUCUGUCUCCAUUAACGCAAUCCUCCAUCACUAAUGCUUUUAUUUGGCUACUUGGAAAAAAGAUACCACUAUAGCAUGUUCUGGUUUGGGUUUUGAUUUUGUGAUCUAUAAAUGGUAAUUCUCCUCUGAAGUCCCUGUUUCAGCAUACGCAUGCUUGCUUCAGGCUUUUUGGACUGCAGGCAUCCACUCGAGCCUUUCAGGUAUUUCUGCAGCUUGUAAAACACUGUCUGCUAAAAAAAAAUUACUGCCAUUAAACAGCUUAACAAAAUCACAAAAUCCUGUGCCUCUCAAGUGUCAGGAGCGAGACCGUGAAAUUAGUGCAUCUAACAGCUCAAAACAUACGUGAGUCUUUAGUUUUGAUAUUAAAAUUGAAAUUCAGUGUAAGCAUGAAAAGAUGCUCACCCCAAGUGAAGACAUUACGCUGUGGUUUUCUAUGGUUUAUCAUCUAGAAUGGAGGAGGCUGCUGCGGCUGCCUUCUGCGGGUCACCAGCUCUGGUUUACAGGACAGUUAAAUUCACAGGAGUAUUCUGGCCGGCCUCGGAGGGAGCCAUCAGCGAGCAGUAUGCAGAGGGUCUGUCCAGAAAAUCGGUACAAAUGGAGGUGUUUCCCAGGGUUACUGUGUACGACAGGAAUAGGCUAAGAGCAGAGGCUGUGUUGUGUGACUGUUUGAAAAGCAUCUUGUGCCACAGAUGUGUCCAGCCCACCAUUUCAAAUAAAAGCUGCUGUACAGAGCCGGCUUUACAGUGUCUGGCUGCCUGCAUGGCCCGGUACGGGCUGCUUUGGGACCCUGGUGAGAGGGUCUGAGCACACGGCAGCGCUCGAGGCCGUGGCCAAGGUCUCUGAUGGAGCAUGGUGCCAGCAAUCCCGCUCCCUGAGUCGGCUCAUCCGCAUCGUGCUGUCGUCUUUAACGUCCCCGCAGCGUUUAACGUCCCUGCCCCUCAGCAGCAGUGUUACAGACAGCUGUAGCACCGCUGCUGGGAGAUGGCGACAUGGUCUUGUCUCGUUACACUGCUGCUUUGCACACACAGAUCCCAUCCGAGAGGCAGGUGAAAUGACAAGGAAUGAGGAAGCAGGCAGCGGAAUGGGACUGGGGUGGGACGUGCACCCCGUCAGUGGGGAGCGGGCAUGCUGGCCGUGGGACUUUGUUGGUUUGUUUUCUCCCCAACUUUUGCACUGGGUUCCUUUAUCUGUAAAAAUCGAGGAUUUUGGAUGCUUGAAACUGCCCAUCCUGGCUGCACCAGGUUUGCUCUCUGCCAGGUGUGAACAGCUGGGGCAGGGGGAGGGAUUUCGAAGCGCCCGCGGAUGGGAACAGGUCUCACUGUGCCGACCAAGCGCCACGGUGUGACGAGGACCUCGGCCACCCUUCCCGGGGAGGUGACGGGGCGGGGUGUGACAGUGCCACGGGGCCAGUAGUGUUUUUUGUGCUGCCAAUACAUGAAUUUCAGCGCUGCUGCUGUGAAACCUCUCCAAGGACGUGGACGCUGCUCGUUUCCUGCAUGGACCAUGUGAAACGGCAUCUGUUGGUCGGAGCCAGCCGUAAGAGCCGAACCGGUGAGCUGAACUCCUCACCUGGUGUUUUAGUAUUAAUCUAGCUCUUUCGUGGAAGCCUGGGGAUACAUUGCCUUGGCUAACGGUCGAUUGAGCACUGCGUACUGCAGUCACUGAUGCCAGUGUUUCGGCUUGUGACUUUGCAAAGGACAAACCUCUUCAUUUCCUCCUGUCGAGGGCGAGCACGAGGACUCCGCGCCUCCGACAUGAACGUUCAGCUCCAACUUAUGCUGUAUAAUUGUUCUCCUAAAUAUGACUGACAACACACGAAAGUGUUCCUAAAACGUUAAAUAAGCUAUUUCCGGAUGCGCAAGUGCCCCAAGUCUUGCCCUGGUUCCCUUCCCGUGGCGGGGCGAGCGUGCUGCCCAGGGAAGGCAGCUGUGGCAGGGCCAGGGCUCCUGCGCGGAGGGAGGGAGGUCAGAGAUGCUGCUGCUGCCCGGAGCACGCUGC